AACUUUUAAAAGAACAUCAAUUCAUUCAUUUUUGAGAUGAGUAAACCCAAUCAACUCUCGGUCACCAUUCUAUGUAUCUUCAGCAUCCUCGCUAUAGGGGUGAUGGUAAAUGAAACAGUAGGGCAGAGAUUGUGUGCUAUAGUUAUACCAAAUGAAAGUGUUGACGGUAAAUCAUCAUCAUCAACUUGUAUGAUUGAAUUGUGUGUCCCUCUAUGUAAGACGAAAUACGCCAAUGGGACUGGUACUUGCAGAAUACAAGUCCCGCAAAGUAAAGAGGUGAAGCACGAACCGCCUAGAGGACUUGUUGUCAUAACCUUCGUGUUGGAAAGUUGUGAUGAUCAGAUACGUUUCUCCUGAGGUCAAAUUAAAAGUAUAACAGUUUC